ACCCAGUUCUUACAUACUUUCCCUUCUUCCAAUCUAAUCGUUCUGUUAUGUUGUUUUGCUUUGGCAUUGUGACGUGCCAGUUGACAGUGACUGCCUGAAUGGUGAAAGGCCUUUAACCUUUGUCAAUUGAAAUAAACCAUCGGGCCUGAUAAGUUUGGAUAAUUAGUCAACUGGUUUCGUUUAAUCUUGCUGUGGUUAGUUUAAUAACGUUGAAGGAUGAUUAAUACAGGAAAGUUGGCUGGUCGCACUAUCUUCAUCUCGGGUGCAAGUCGAGGCAUCGGCAAAGCAAUUGCGCUCAAGGCUGCACGAGAUGGAGCCAACGUUGUCAUCGCUGCCAAAACAGCUGAGCCACAUCCCAAGCUGCCUGGUACCAUUUACACUGCAGCCAAGGAGGUGGAGGAAGCAGGGGGCCAAGCACUACCAUGUGUAGUGGACAUCCGAGAGGAGAGUCAAGUAGCAGCAGCAGUAAACCAGGCGGUGGAGCGGUUUGGAGGUAUCGACAUUCUUGUUAACAACGCCAGUGCUAUUAGCCUGACUGGCACCACUGAUACCGACAUGAAGCGAUAUGACCUCAUGCAGAACAUCAAUACUCGUGGCACCUUCCUCGUAUCUAAGAUGUGUAUUCCUCACUUGAAAAAGAGUUCAAACCCACACAUUCUGAAUUUGAGUCCACCUCUGAACUUGGCACCCCACUGGUUCCAGAACCACGUGGCUUACACCAUCGCAAAGUACGGGAUGUCUAUGUGUGUUCUCGGCAUGGCAGAGGAGUUUCGGAGAGACGGCAUUGCUGUCAAUGCUCUCUGGCCAAAAACUGCCAUUCUGACUGCGGCAAUAGAGAUGUUGACGGGCAAGGGAUCAGCACGACAUUCACGCAAGCCUGAGAUUGUUGCGGAUGCUGCCUACGCCAUUCUCUGCAAGGAUGCCAAGAAUUUCACCGGACAGUUUGUCAUCGAUGAAGAUAUCCUGAGGGCAGAAGGAGUUAGUCAGGUUCAGAUUGACCAAUAUGCCUGUGAACCUUCAAACAAGGAGAACCUGAUGCCAGAUUUCUUCUUGGAUGUAAACCCGGACACAAUCAUUUCAAAUCACAAUGUGAAAGUCGACAAACCCAAGCCCAAAGUAGAAGUGAAGGAAGAGAAACCACCAACUGACGUAGAACACAUCUUCUCUGCAAUACAGGCUAACCUCAAUGAGGAGCUGGUGCAGAAGGUGCAAGCCAUGUACCAAUUCAACGUAACAGGGCCGGAGGAAAGGACUUGGUUCUUGGAUCUCAAGAAUGGUCUCGGUUCCUGCGGCAAAGGCAAGGCUCCGUCUACACCUGACGCCACUCUUGCAAUGUCUGAUGUCAACUUCUACAAACUAUUCUCAGGAAAUUUGAAACCAGCUGCUGCGUUUAUGACUGGAAAAUUGAAGAUACAUGGAGACCUGAAGAAAGCUAUGAAACUAGAGAAACUCAUGGGUUCACUCAAGACAAAGCUGUGAUUCUCGAGUUGUAAGAGUUAAAGAUGUGAUUCUCCACAGCAAAGCUCAAACACACUCAUCAUCUCAGCAUCUCUCCCACACAGGAAAAUUAAAUGUCAAAUAUGAUGAAACAUUUCUACAGAAAAUAUAAACAAUUUUAAUCUAUUACAUGUUAAAUAAGUAAUUAAUCAUCAAAAAAGACAUGUCAUUUUAAGAUAAAUGUUAUUCUUUGCAGCUUAAAGUGGCUUUCAUAACAUAAAACUUAUGUUGUAUUUUCAUAUAUUGGGAGAGUUAAUUAGAAUAUAUUUUUAUUAGUAUUUUGACUGCUAUUACAUUUAAUUUAGUAAUUUACGGAUGGUUUGAUAAGUAACUUAGUUAUAAAUUAAAGAAAAACUUUAGUUUGUCAAGUUUUAACUAAUUUCUUAGGUAUAGUUUCCUUGAAGUUCAAGUGCAGCCCAAAGUAUUCUUUACCGUCUCAAUAUUUUCACAGAGAUGAAUUUUGAAAAAUCCUUUCAAAUACUUCUUUACUUUUUGUAUGGCAUAUUCAUUUCACUAACAUGUCCACCAUGCUAGAAAAGUUGUACGUUUCAAAGAAUAUUGUGCAGAAUUAUAUAAACCUCAGUUGAAACGCUUGUGGUCUCUAAUUACUACUACACUUUUACUUGUCAGUCAACUCAAUCCAGGUUAGGAAUUUAUUGAAGGUUUCAUCUGUCACAGCAUUGAUAUGGCACGUCUUUGAUGCUUUUUUCCCAUGCUUUAAAUUGAUUCACCCAAAGCAAGAACAGUUUUGUAGGAAAGAAAUUAGUGACACAGAAACACUUUGCCAAAUAACCAGUUACUUUCAUAAUGCUCGAUAUUCAUAUAAAAUUACUGCAUGUAAUUCACAUACUGCUAGUGCUAUUUGGUAUCAUGCAAAUGAAGCUAUUUAUCAAACCAACCUCAUAAAUAUAAUGUAUUUGUUGUUAUUUAAUUCACAAAAAUAAAUUCAUCUGUUUAUUUCCUAUUAAUGUAUAAUGUUAAAGGGUACUAACAAUGAGGUAUAAACAUUAAGACUGAAUAAUUCACACCAGCCUUUUAUCUUUGAUACAUGAAUUUACAAUACAGAUGUAAUGAAUUUAUCUGUAUUUUAAGUCAUAUGUAGUAUAUUUAUUGUUUAUUAUUAGGAUUUCAUAUCUUACAUUAAUAUUUUAAUUGAAGCAAUGUUUUAUUGAUAUCUGGUCAAUUUUCAUAUACGUGUAUGUAUGUAAUAGGUUUAUAGGUACAGUGAGUCAUUGUUAGAGAGUUAUUUUGUAAACAUUUUGUAUAAUUGUUGAAUAGAUCUGUUUUGAUUAGA